AUGGAAAUGGUGAGGCUUUUGUUGGCCCUGCAGAAUGAGGGUGCAGGAGGAGAAUCUUUGUUGGGGUCUAUAAAAAUUGCUGUGAUGCCCAUAGUUAAAGUCUUCACCAUGUGUGCCUUGGGACUCCUUAUGGCUUCCAAGUAUGUUGAUAUCUUGCCUGCUUCUGGAAGAAAGCUUUUGAAUGGGCUGGUGUUUACACUAUUGCUACCUUGCUUGAUAUUCUCCCAAUUGGGACAAGCUGUGACCUUGCAGAAGAUGCUUGAUUGGUGGUUUAUUCCUAUGAAUGUUGUUCUGGGUUCCGUAACAGGCUCACUCAUUGGUUUUGUUGUUGCCACCAUCAUCCGUCCUCCUUACCCUUUCUUCAAGUUUACAAUUGUACAAAUUGGAAUCGGGAAUAUUGGGAAUGUUCCACUUGUACUGAUUUCUGCUUUAUGCCGAGACCAAUCCAAUCCCUUUGGUGACUCGGAAAAAUGUAGCAAAGAUGGAACUGCCUACAUAUCCUUUGGUCAGUGGGUCGGUGCUAUCAUCCUAUAUACAUAUGUAUUUAAUAUGUUAGCACCUCCUCCAGAAGGAACAUUUGAUAUUGAUAUUGAAAGUGUUCCCUUAAAGAGCGCUCCAAUGGGUGAUGCUACACUUGAACAAAUUCCAUUGCUCGUUAAGGAGGAGGGGGUCUCUUCAACAUCUCAAAAUACAUCAAAGAAGUGGGAGAUUAAAGACCUAUUGACAUUCUUAUAUGAGAAGUUGAAGCUUAAGCAAAUUCUUCAACCCCCUAUCAUUGCAUCAAUCCUUGCAAUGACAAUUGGGGCAGUCCCAUUUCUCAAGCGACUGAUCUUUACACCUGAUGCUCCACUGUUCUUCUUCACAGACAGCUGCAUAAUUCUUGGGGAGGCCAUGAUUCCUUGCAUUCUGUUGGCUCUAGGAGGCAACCUUAUUGAUGGACCUGGAAGUUCAAAACUUGGUUUUCGUACAACUGCUGCUAUUAUUUUUGCCCGGUUAGUUUUAGUGCCUCCUGUUGGAAUGGGGAUUGUCAUGUUAGCUGACAAGUUGGGUUUUCUUCCCCCUGACGAUAAGAUGUUUAGAUUUGUCCUGCUUCUUCAGCAUUCAAUGCCAACAUCUGUCCUUGCAGGUGCUGUUGCUAAUUUAAGAGGAUGUGGAAGGGAUGCAGCAGCUGUACUGUUUUGGGUUCAUGUCUUUGCUAUAUUCUCAAUGGCAGGAUGGAUUAUUCUAUAUCUAAACAUACUUUUCUGA